AUGUUUAAAUGCGAUCAGUGUCCGUCGGUUUUCUCCGCUAAACGUAAUUUAGUCGCCCACCAAAAGAAGCAUACAGGUGUAUCUUUUCCAUGUACUACAUGUGUUAAAUCAUUUAAUGACAAGUCGCAUCUUAACAGACAUAUGAAGAACAUUCAUGGUAUCGUCAACGUUCCGGCUCAUUUGAGACCAAUGCCUGCUACAUCGAUCACCGCUCAACCAGCACGACCAAGCGUCAUACAGUUCGCGCCUCUUGCCGCUCCACAGAGAGAUAUUCAAAUCGCGCCGCAAAUAUUUGUAUCCGAUGUCCCAGCUGGUGGUUCGAGCAUGUUAUCCGAAGACGAAAUGUGUAUACAAGUCAUGGACGAAUUUGAGGAUACAGAUUCUUACACCGUAGCCGUAAAUGGCAAACGUGUUUCAUCCGCCAAUACCACCUCACCUGCGAACGCUAAAAGGGUUAGGAUGAAUAUGGUUCAGUCCCCCGGGUUUGUUGAGAUUUUAUCGUCCGCGACCCGCAAAAUCGUCUGGUACUAUACCAAAAAUAUUGCCAAUACAACAAUUUAUUCAGAUUUUCUCCGUCCACUUAUCCCUGAGCUAGUAAAUUUGUUGAAAACGCACGUACAAAAGCAUGCGAUUAAAUUUAAUCUUAAGCUCGAGGCGACUUACAACCGUCCCAACGUGCCAAACUCGUCGGAGAACAGGGCGUUUAAAACAGUUGCAGUAGAAAUUUUCCCGGACAGUGACAUAAAAACAAUUAUAGAGAGGGCGUAUAUCAAGUUAAUGAAGGAGAAGGACGAAUAUAUGGGAAGAGGAAGUGGAUUUACAUUAGAGUCGAUCGAUGGGCUGUUGCUGGCAGUGUAUAAAUAUACGCCGAUGGGCGGAUCAUCGUACAUACAAUUACCUGAAUAUAUUGAUAGGAAGCGGGGUACCAUCAACCCAAAGAAUACGGACCAGCAUUGUUUUAAGUGGGCAAUCCUAUCAAGGCAUGUGACCGGACCAACGGUAUGUCGUGUAGAGGGAAAUAGAUAUAGUCAGCAUGAGGGGGAAUAUAAUUUUGACGGUAUUUCGUUCCCUACACCUCUGUCGGAUAUAUCAAAAUUUGAAAAAAAUAAUAUCAAUGUAAGUGGUAACGUCUAUGGGCUCGAUAAGAAAUUCCAACCACCUAAAAAAUACCCGACAUACGAGGUGUACCCGCUGCGAGUAAUCAGCGAAGAAAAACCGGACCAUUUCGACCUGUUGUUGGUGACAGACGGCGACAACUCGCACUAUGUUUACAUUUCGAAUUUUUCCCGGCUCAUACGCAAGCAGAAAACAUCACACACUGAGAGAUUAGUGUUCUGCAAAAGAUGUUUUACUAGUUUUGAUGAUGGACGACAUAAAUACAAGCUGAGCGGACAGGAGGCCCUGGACCAACACAAAUUGAUUUGCGGCGCGCACAAGCCGACACUACCCGAGAUGCCGAAGGAGGGGGAGUGUGUUGAGUUCAGGGCGUGGAAAAAAACGGUUAGGCACCCGUUUGUAAUUUACGCGGAUUUCGAGGCGAUCUUGGUGAAGACGGAGGAGAAAAAAGGAGGUAGCACGACAGUUAUACAGAGGCAUGAGGCGAUGAGUUAUGGGUUUUUAGUGAAGGCGAGCGAGGACGUGCCGGCGGAUUUAUUGGAACAACACGAGAUACCGGCGGGGCCGGUAAUCUAUAGAGGAAGUGAAGACAGGACGGACGUGGCGAGGCAUUUUGUAGAGUCAAUAGUUGAGGUGGCCCAUAAAAUUGAAAAUCUGAUGAAGACGAAUAUAGCGAUUAUUAUGACUGAGGGUGAAGAAAAAACAUAUCAAGAGUGUAGUACGUGUAAUUUAUGCAAAUGUGUAUUAGUCGGGGGCGAUAAGGUUAGGGAUCAUGAUCAUCUGACGGGCAAAUUUAGGCAGACCUUGUGCUCUAGGUGUAACUUAGAGUUGCAACAGCCUAAAUUUGUCCCCGUAUUUUUUCAUAAUCUCUCAAACUACGACUCGCACUUCAUAAUAUCUGAACUUGGUUAUGAUACUCAGACUAUCAACGUUAUACCGAACAGUGAGGAGAAAUAUAUAUCUUUUUCGAAAUAUAUAAAUAGUACCUUCACUGUUCGGUUUAUCGACACGUUCAGGUUUAUGGCGUCGAGUUUGUCGUCCCUGGCCGAAAAUUUAGUUACACCCGAACAUGAGAACUUCCGUGAGACAGCUAAACAUUUUGUCACCGGAGAUAUGUCACUCGUGACUCGGAAGGGUGUGUACCCUUACGAGUACACGGAUAGUUGGGAGCGGCUGGAAGACAGGAGAUUACCGAGGAAGAGGGAUUUUUUUAGUACGUUGACGGAGACCAGUAUAAAGGAGAGUGACUUUGAGCAUGCGAAGGAGGUCUGGGACCACUUUGAUUGUGAGACGCUCGGGGAUUAUAGUGACCUCUACCUAAAAAUUGACGUUUUACUACUGGCAGACGUUUUCGAAAACUUUCGUGACGUAUGCAUGAGGGCGUACAACCUGGACCAUGCUCACUAUUAUACUGCACCAGGCUUAAGUUUUGACGCCAUGCUAAAGUUCACAGGCCAAAAGUUGCAAUUGCUACACGAUUAUGACAUGUUGUUGAUGUUCGAAAAUGGUAUACGCGGUGGAUUGGUGCAGGCGAGUAAGAGGUAUGGAAAGGCGAACAACGAGAAGACUCCGGAUUACGACGAGACAAAAGAUAAAUCGUGGAUUAUUUAUCAGGACUGCAAGUAA